CCUCCUGCCCGCCAGGGAGACUACAACACUCUUUCAGAUAUCUGAGAUCGCUUGUCCGAACGAAUGGCCAAAUUACGCCACAAUAAUGGCAUCGAUAGCGUCGCUGGGGAUUCACCAGCCGUCCGCGCUGCCGCAAUUAAUACGGGAACAUAUACUACCUGCGAACCCCAUCACUGAACAAUUCAAAUGGCAAACAAUUGAGAAUGAUGGGGAAGAGGAGGAGCUGGUCACUACAGAGACGAGUGUGGUAUGGUCUCAAGGUGGAGUCGUCAGGAAGCUCUUUCGAUUUGAUAUCGAAGGAGAAAAGGUGUCUCAAGCUGUUAUGGCCUGGUUUCCUUCAAAUGACCCACCCGUACGUCAGGAUGAAGACGAGCAAGCAAAGGAGAAUAAUUGCAAAGGGAUGAAGCCUCCUUCCAAGUCAUUUGCGUCCGCCUCAAAUGCCGGCAGAUCCACAUGGGCUUCGAAAUCGGAGUCAUCACGCCGUCGUCCAAGUCUCAAGGAGCGCAAUAAGAAAUACACCAAAAUGUCAGAUGAGCAAAAAGGUGGAAAUCCUCUUUCAAGGGCCCUAGUGGUCUUUCUCAAGACACAGGCCCAUGUGUACUUCCUCUCUGGUACCAGCCAUGUUAUCAAUUUGCCAUUCGAGGUUGGCCCGGUAUUUCCUGCUCCUCAUGGCGUGGUGAUUCAACGCAAGAUGCGCUCUGUCCCUGCUGCUCAGGCUCCAGAGUCACAAAUGCCCCCGCCAGCGCCUCCGAACUCAUUCAUCUCAGCGGAAGCUCAGCCUUGGGGCGCUUCUAGUUUUCAACCGUCAAUCUCCUUUGCAAGCCUAGCAUCUUCAAUUACUCGGCAGUCAACACCUCCACCACCUCCAUUUGAACAGAUGAUCUCUCCUCCGAAACCACAGCUAGAUGAUAGUCGAGUGCCCAAAUUCUUUAUAUUGAGCGAUCCGUUAUCCGAGAUGGGUCUUAUUGUUGCUGGAAACGGCCCCCAGAAUGGAUUGCACUUUGAUAAUCCUUUGGACACGGGCACAACGAAUCUGGAUCCGGCCGAGGAGCUUAUUUUCAUCUCAAACCAGGAAGAAUUUAGCUCUUUGGAUAUUAUAGCCGGUGAAGAGCCACCGCUUACCUUAGCUGUGACCCUGAAUACUCAAACUGGAUUUUACACGAUUUGGACAAUGAACUAUAUACUGCCGGAGCCCGCUUCAAGAAACGAGCGUGGAAGGAGUAUAAGUGCUAGUAAUUCAAGGAGAAGGAGUCGAAGAAGCUCCUAUGGUCCUGGCGCUGGCACUGGAGCAUCAACCCCUAUAGCGCCCAGUUUCGGUGGCUCGAGAGAAAGCUUCGGCGGCGCCAUGCGGGCGUCCAGUGCGUCCUUUCAACACAGUGCUUUAGGCCCAAGCAACGACGACAGCAGACUCGAUGACGAGGAUGAAUUGGCAUCACAAAUUGACCCUGAUUUUGAAGAUGGAGCUGCACCAGCAAAGCAGUCAAGGCGAGUGAGUUCCUUAUUAGCUCGCACGGAUGUCUCUACCGGUCAUGAUAGAAUGCCUUUCUCUGGUUUGCCCAGCAGCCACCUCUCUGCAUCCACAUCUCACAAUGGCGGCUCGAAGCGUGGCGAAUCCUUUGGAGGCUAUAGUAGUCGCGGUAGCUUCGGAGUGAUGACAACGGGUUCGCGGCAGUCUACCAGCGGCCAGUAUCUUGGAAUUCAUCGUGACAGCUCAACAGCUCCUGUAGAUAGGCUCCUCGAGGAACUGAAUGCUGGCGGCACGCUCGAGGGCUUCGAAGACUUGGGCCUCUACGAUAUGACCGAAGGACUUAAGAAGGAGAUCGUUAUGAACAAAGUCACAAGUUUUCCUAUUGAACAGCAUGGGCAUCCUCUUCAACCAAAUGAGCAGCGCGCAUCUGGAAGAGACAUAGUAGUGUCGACUGUAUGCACACCAUAUCUAUCAGAAGGCAAUGAUGUUGGCUGCGGAUGUAUUGUUGUAUACAUUGUUGACAAGCAGUCGAAAAAGGCGCUCAUGGUAGGCCUUCAAGUUCAACCACUUCAACAGUACAGACGAAAUAUUCGCCGGAAACACAAAGGCUCUGGCUUGGGCUACUCCCUUCAUCUGAUUGAGGAGAAGAGGGGGGAAGGGAUUAUUGAUGCAGUUCGACUGAGCGACGGACCAAUGUCCCGGAUGCUCAUUCUUAGCGAUACGGAAAAUGGCCAUGGUCAGCUGUCAUUGCAAGCGCCUUGGAGCACAACUAUGCGGAUCGAUUUGACCGAAGGGUUGGAACCCGGUGAUGUUGAUCGUUUCAGGCUCUUUGUGCCGCCGGACGAGGGCCGGCUUCAUCAAAAUGCACCAUUUGUACCAUCUCGCUCUCCGCUGCGGGGUUUGGGCUAUGUUGGUCCUAACGGCAAGGUAACUCUUAUCGAUGCCGAAGGACAGAAACAUAGAAUCCAGGUGCAAAUGAGGCCGCGCAAUGAACAUGUGGCCAGAAUACUUGACGCUUGCUUUUUCGUUCUUCCCGGGCUAGAACGAGGUGGCGAAGGUCUUCUUGUGGGCUAUUGGGAAGUUCGAAAAUGGCUGCGGCUCAGGAAAGAACCUGCAGCUGAUGAGGAGUGGACUUCUUUAAUCGUUCUUUUGUUCACUAUGGCGGUGGGUUUCAUCGAAGACAAGUCGAUAAGGCAAACCCCGCGCACGAGGGCACGCAGAGGUCUGCAUCUAAGAUCAGACAGCGGCGCAAAUGUAGGACUCACCAGCUGGGAAGCGAUGCUAAAACAUGAAAACAGCUCGGGUGGCCUGUCACCCGAAUGGAUGAGGAAUCCUGCAUGGAGCUGGGUCAAGGACGAGAUUAGGACUCGAAUGCAAGAGCCCGAUCCAAGAGGAGGGUUAAAAAGCCCCCACCCACUUCCUGGUUCAAACGUAAGCGCCUCCACGAAGAAUAGUUUCCUGAUUGAUUGCGCGAAAUUGGCGCGUGAAUUCCUGCGAUCUAGCGCAGGGAAGGCCGCCGCUGGCUCACAGGGAUAUCUUCCCACGGCGGCUUCACGAGAUAAGGAGGUUCGAAGAACAGCCCUUGCAAUGGUCCUUGUCGGACUUCACCUCAUACACGAGGAGCAGAAGCUUGAUUUGUUAACAAGCGGACCAUUGAACACAUCGGCUGGUGGAUUGACACCUGUCCUAGCACAGAUUGGAGGAUGGCUGGGCUGGUCUGGAUGGAGCGCGCAGGCCUCAAGCUACUAUAGUGUAGAGGAUGAUGAUAUGGAACUGUGGGCAUUUGACGAAGCCACAAUCACCUUGCUGGAUGUGCCCGCACCGCCUUUUGACCCGCCGUCGAUUUUGUCAUGGGCAGAGCAAUGUUUCGAACCCAGUAAUGGUACACAAUUUUUCUCGUUUGCAGAGAUCUCAUCGUCCUUGCCUCACGUUAGUCCGAGUAGAUUUGGCAAGGCUUCACGUCGUUGGACCUUGAGAGAAGCGGAGAGACUCACGCCCUACACAUGCCUGGUAACAAGUAUUUAUAAGCGACUUUGUCUCAAGGAGUCGUCAUCCGCCGAUCUCUUGGAAUACAUGGUAAAGCAUGAGGAUGUCACUAGAUUUCUGCGGACGUUGCCAGAAGGACUCAUAGCUCCCUUACGUGAAGCCAUUAGCUGGAGUCAAGCGAAUCCUCCAACGACAUGGGAUGAAACCUUACUGGAUCUCGUUGGGAGAGAUGAUAUCAAAAUGCUCCUUUCUAGGGAACCACGUCCUACGUUUGUCCCAACAUUGUCUGAGCCAAGUCAGGAGGCAAAGCAUGACGUUCAUAGUAUAUGCGUUACUUGUGAUGAAUCUGGGCCUAUUACAGUAUUUGAUGGCUCCGCUGAUGUAGACAGAAAUGCCAUCACAAGACUUAUUUUCCACGAAGACCGACGUUUCGCUGAAGCUUUCAGACUCGUUCAUCAGCUGAAACCUGCCGUGGCUCGUUGCAGUCCGGAGGCAGAUUGGACGGAGACUGAUCUCUUGGAAGCCCAGAAGGAGCUUGUUUCAAGAGUAGUCAUUCGGACUUUGGCCUUACCUCCAGGGCGCGGACUUCUUUAUUAUAGCGCCAGAGUUCCAUUACUCACAGAGAGAAUUACAGUUCCAGGGUUCAAUCUGAGCUGCAUUAUGCGGCCAUCUAAUAACACCGUUACCGCUGAUAAGAAUACAUAUUCCGAGGAAAAGAUCUGUUGGGCAUUCUUCCACUCUGGCGUCGCAACGGGCCUGACAAUUUCGCGCGAAGCAAAAGGAAUAGAUACGUCAUGGAUAGUCUUCAAUAAACCUCCAGAGCUCAGCAAUCGACAUGCGGGCUUCCUUCUAGCUCUGGGCUUGAAUGGCCACUUAAAGUCCGUGGCAAAGUGGGUUGCUUUUAAAUACCUGACGCCCAAGCAUACUAUGACUUCUAUCGGCCUUCUUCUAGGAUUGGCAGCAUCUUACUUGGGCACCAUGGAUACGCUGGUGACUCGACUUCUUUCAGUUCACGUCACACGAAUGCUUCCUCCGGGAGCAGCCGAACUUAACCUGUCUCCUCUCACACAGACUACAGGUAUCAUGGGCAUCGGUCUCCUCUAUUGUAACACUCAACACCGCAGGAUGACUGAAAUAAUGCUUUCUGAGAUUGAGCAUAUCGAGCUGGAAGAUCCUUCUACUCCAAUCAGCGGUCUCCGCGAUGAAGGAUACCGAUUAGCCGCGGGAUUCGCAUUAGGAUACAUCAAUCUAGGAAAAGGACGAGACUUGAGAGGGCUUCACGAUAUGCAUAUCGUUGAACGUCUUCUCUCGCUCGCAGUUGGAACCAAGAAAGUCAACAUUGUCCACAUCCUAGAUAAAUCCAUUGCUGCAGCCAUUGUGGCCAUUGCGCUCAUUUUCAUGAAGACUCACGAUGAGGCCUUGGCCCGACGGAUUGAUAUCCCAGACACUAUUCUCCAAUUCGAUUACGUUCGACCGGACAUUUUCCUCUUACGCACAUUGGCUAGCAACCUCAUCAUGUGGAACAAAAUCGAGCCAAGCCUAGAGUGGAUCAGAAACAAACUCCCUAAGCCCUAUCGUGCACGCGCUCAACUGAACAAUGCCACCAAACCUCUAAGCAGCCAAGACAUGCCGUUCUUCAACAUUGUUGCCGGCCUCUGUUUCAGCAUUGGACUUCGCUUUGCUGGCUCUGGCUCGCUCCCCGUCCGCGACCUUUUACUCCAUUACCUGGAUCAGUUUAUGCGUCUCUGCAGACAACCCGCUCCCAGUUUCGACAGCAGACUCGCCCGCAGCACUGUCCGUAACUGUCAAGACGUUGUCGCACUUUCUUGCGCCGCCGUCAUGGCUGGAACCGGCGACCUUCUUCUCUUCCGCCGUCUGCGCUCUCUCCACGGCCGCAUCGACGGCGAUACUCCCUACGGCUCCCACCUUGCAGGCCAUAUUGCCAUUGGCGUGCUCUUUCUUGGCGGCGGGACCUUCACAUUCGGCACAUCGAACCUGGCUAUUGCAUCUCUCCUCUGCGCAUUUUAUCCUCUCUUCCCUACCGCAGUCCUCGACAACAAAUCCCACCUCCAAGCCUUCCGCCACUUUUGGGUCUUUGCCGCCGAACCCCGCUGCCUCAUUAUCCGCGACGUCGACACCCACCGGCCCAUUUCCCUUCCUGUCCAAGUGCUUCUCCGCGACGGCAGCUCUCGUCGCCUGACCGCCCCCUGCCUGGUUCCGGAGCUCCACGACGUCCAUUCCCUGUCCACAAGCUCUCCCGAGUACUGGUCCGUCACAAUGGACUUUGCAAACAACCCUUCGCACCUCGCGGCCUUUAAACGCAAUCAAACAAUCUACGUCCGCCGCCGUGCUGCCUUUGACGCACUCUACUCUUCUUCAAUCUUCGAUGCUACGCUGCAAACUCUCAACGACUCGCGCUUCUUGCAAGCUGUCUGCGCCGACGCCAACAACGGCCAGAAACAGAACGCAUUCGAUUGGAUCUUCCAACUCCCUGCAUUCAAGAACCUCGACCGCGCUGCAGCCGCGCUGGUGUUGCCCCCGUCAAACUCAUCGUCUUCCUUGUCUGCAGGCGCGGACGUAGGCGUUUCCGGGGCCGCGGCAAAUACCACUGGCACGAACGCCACAGCUGCUAGUGGCGGCGUAGCAGGAGCAAUAGGCGGCGCGUUCACCCCCUUGCAGCCGAGUCUCGAAACGACAGUUGUCGAUGAUAGACUGGUUUUCGAAAACGCAAGUAUUGCCAGUGGAAAUAGAGAUCGUCUUUUGAAUCUAAGAUUGCUGUUCACCUGGGCAGAUUGGAUGGAGAAACAUAAUGGAGGGAAAGAAUUACGAUGGUUGGGACGCGAAGUUGUAGAGCGAUUGAGAGCAGCAGUGUGGAUGGCUGGGAAUAUGGCGGAGGAGAAUGAGGAGGAGCAGGCGGAGGUGGAGGAGUACUAGUAGUAGAAGUGGAUUGUUGUUGGGUUCGUUGUUUCUUGAGGUGUUAUAUUGCAUUUCAUGGUAUCUCAUCAUAUUGCAUUGUAUUUCCUAUUGCUCUUGCUCCUUAGCUCUAGCAUUUUCUUGGCGUUGAAUCAGCGCAUUCUGGUCUAUGAUUAUCUUCUUACCCUUUUGCGUUUAGAUUUUUUUUUUUCCAAGGGUAAAAUUCGUUCAUCUUUAGGGGCCGAGCAAUUUC